UGAUCCGGGAGUAUUAUUAUUCUUCCCAAUAUAAAUUAUAGGGAAAGAGUGAGAAAAAGAAUCACUUGAUUUUUCUUCACGCCUUCCUCUCCGACUCUGUACUCUCUAGGUUGAAGCUUUGUUCAGAUUUCCGCUCUCAAUAACAGCGAGGUUAGUACUACUUUUGAGAUAAUGGCGACUGAACCUAAAGUAGUUUCUGAAGAUGCAAAAGUUGAUCUGUUUGAAGAUGAUGACGAAUUUGAGGAAUUUGAAAUCGAUCAAGAGUGGGAAGACAAAGAGGAAGGAAAUGAAGUUGCCCAGCAGUGGGAAGACGACUGGGAUGAUGAUGAUGUGAAUGAUGAUUUCUCUGUGCAGCUAAAGAGAGAGUUGGAGAGCAACUCUGAGAAGAGCUAAGUCUGUCCAUCCAUAGAAUAGCUUAGCGAGGAACAUGAAAUGAAUGAAUGAAUGUUUUUAAGUGCAUUGUAGUCUCAUGCAGUAGAUGAUAACUUGGCUUAAUGAGAGGAACUUACUGCAUUUGAUUUUCUGAAUUUGCGACUGGCAGUUGUCUCUUUCUGUAAGUAUCCUUAUUAUGUUUACAGCGACUCUGCAUCUAUUCAAAUUAGCUUAUCUUACCUCA